AUGUCGACCCUCGCCGCGUUCCGCCUACCCAACAUCACCAACGAGCCAAACCAACACUAUGAGAAGGGCGGAAAGUCAAGAGAAGGCUUGGAGGCCGCCGUGAGAGCUCUGCAAGAGAAAGCUCCUCUCGAUAUCCCCAUCGUGGUGUCAGGGAAGGCCGUCCAGACUUCCUCCGUGCUCACCCAGAGCAACCCGUCCUCCCACGCGACGCCCAUUGCCAAAUACUCCAAUGCCUCAGCAGCAGAUGUCAAGAACGCCAUUGAUGCUGCGCUUGCGGCCAAGCCUGCCUGGGAGUCUCUCCCCUUCGCCGACCGAGCUGCGAUUUUUCUCAAGGCGGCAGAUUUGAUCAGUACGAAAUACAGAUAUGAGAUCAUGGCGGCGACAAUGCUGGGGCAGGGAAAGAAUGCAUGGCAGGCAGAGAUCGAUGCGGCUGCCGAGCUGAUCGACUUUCUGAGAUUCAACGUCCGAUACGCGGAGGAGCUAUAUGCCCAGCAGCCGCCCUACAACUUCCCGGGCGUGUGGAACAGGUUGGAAUACCGACCGCUAGAAGGCUUUGUCUAUGCUAUCUCCCCUUUCAAUUUCACAGCUAUUGGAGGUAACCUGCCUGGCGCUCCGGCUCUCAUGGGCAAUGUGGUCAUCUGGAAGCCCAGUCCCUCAGCCAUCGCAUCAAAUUAUCUUGUGCACCAAAUCCUUACCGAAGCUGGUCUGCCCGCAGGCGUCAUCCAAUUCCUACCGGGUGAUGCCGAGGAGGUUACUCAGGCGGUUCUCAACCACAAGCACUUCGCCGCUCUGCACUACACCGGGUCUACAGCCGUCUUCCGCAAACUCUACGGUCAGAUCGGCCAAGGGAUCGCUGAGGGACGAUACAGGGGUUAUCCGAGGAUAGUUGGCGAGACCGGGGGAAAGAACUUUCAUCUAGUUCAUAACAGUGCGGACAUCACCAAUGCAGUGGUGCAGACCGUUCGAGGGGCAUUCGAAUACCAAGGUCAGAAAUGCAGUGCUACCUCGCGGUUAUACGUGCCAUCCUCGAUUUGGCCCGAGUUCAAGAGCAAGCUCGUUGAGGCUACAGAGAAGCUCAAGGUAGGGCCGCCGGAGGAAUUCGAUAACUUUAUUGGCCCAGUCAUACACGAAGCGAGCUUCAAGAAGCUUUCUGGUGUCAUCGACGCGGCCAAGGACGACAGCUCUUUGGAACUGGUCACUGGUGGCAAGUACGACAGUUCUAAAGGCUGGUACGUUCACCCUACAGUCUAUGUCGCGAAGGAUCCGAAUCAUCGAAACUUCAAGACCGAGUUCUUUGGACCCAUCUUGACGGUCUAUGUCUACGACGAAUCAGAACCAGAUUCAUUUGAGAAGGCCUGUGAACUGGUGGAUAGCACAUCUGACUACGGCCUGACUGGGGCUGUAUUUGCCCAGGAUCGCGCCGCCGUCAGAUAUGCGGAGGAAGCCCUGAGAAAUGCGGCCGGUAACUACUAUAUCAAUUGCAAGAGUACAGGUGCUGUGGUCGGACAACAGCCAUUCGGAGGUGCACGAGCUUCAGGUACAAACGACAAAGCUGGCUCGGCAGCCAUCUUGUCGCGGUUCGUUAGCAUGAGGUCGAUGAAAGAGGAGACACUGCCUACAACCAAGGUAGAAUACCCUUCAAAUGAGUUGUAG